GUGUGUUGUAUUUGUUGGUGGUACAAAGCACGUUUUCUUUUUUUUGAGUUAAUUUUGUUUCUAAUUUCAAAUUCAAACUAACAUUUUGAAAUUUAGUGGAUUACAUCUUUUGGUGUUGUUUUGUUAUUCAUUGUCGAAUUCGGGAAUUUUCAAGAAAAAUUUAGUCGUUUUUUGUGAAAGUUGUACUUUUUUUUGUUGAUUUGACUCAUUUUUUUUUGGUGUUCAUAAUGAGUGAUCGUGAAGAUUCUUCCGAACAAAUGGGUAAUGGUGGUUCACCAGAUGCUGAUGAUCGUUCUGCUUCACAACAAGAUUCUGAACAUGAAUCAAACCGUUCAGCUAAUGGGCAUUCACCAAGGCCAGCUGGUCGAUCACGCUCAAGAAGUCGCAGCAAUUCAAGACGUUAUCGUAAAACUCGUUCACGAAGUGGUUCACGUGGAAAAAGUCGCAAAUAUUCAAGACAUUCACCUGAUUCUUCCAGUCGUCGUACAAAACGAUCUCGUUCACCAAUGUCAUCUCGACGACGACAUGUUGGUAAUCGUGAAAAUCCACCUUCUGGCCGUUGUCUAGGAAUUUUUGGCCUAUCAAUCUACACACAAGAACGUGAUCUUAAAGAUGUUUUCUCAAAAUAUGGUCCCAUUGAAGACGUACAAAUUGUUUAUGAUGCACAAACUGGGCGUUCUCGUGGUUUUGCUUUUGUUUAUUUUGAAAACAGAAAUCAUGCCGUUGAAGCUAAAGAUCGUUGUAAUGGCAUGGAAAUUGAUGGUCGUAAAAUACGUGUUGAUUUUUCUAUAACUCAACGAGCACAUACACCAACACCUGGAAUUUAUAUGGGCAAACCAACUCAUCCUCGUUAUCGAAGCAGCAGUGGUGGAGAUAGAGGCGGGGGAAGUAACUAUAAUCGUGGAUAUCGGAAUUCAUCUGGAUAUGGUGGUAGUGGUAGUAGUGAUCAUCAUCGUCGCCGUUCACCAUCACCAUUUCAUUCAUAUUCAUCAAGAGAUCGACGAGGGGGACAUACAUCAUCGGCAAGAUAUUCAAGAUCUCGUUCACGUUCAUUUUCCCCUCGUAAGUAUCCAUUUAAACGUUCGGGCAGAGUUUUUAUGUCUAGUUAUGCUUGAAAGAAUCAAAAAAAUAUCACUUAAUCGGUAAAUCCUUGCCGAUUUUCAUCUACAAUCCGAAUAGAGACAUACUCAAACAAACAAAACCAACUUUUACAUACUAAAUAUGAAAAUCACAAAAAAAAACAAUUUCAAUCAAUCCAUGAUU